AUGGGCCCCUGUACCGCCUCCUCAUGCUGCUGCCAGGCCCGUAAUCUGCCAUGGGCCCCCGUACCGACUCCUCAUGCUGCUGCCAGGCCCAUAAUCUGUCAUGGGCCCCUGUACCGCCUCCUCAUGCUGCUGCCAGGUCCAGAGUGUGUCAUGGGUCCCUGUACGGCCUCCCAUUGCUGCUGUCUCCAUCGCCACACUCUGCCAUGUGCCACUUUCAGGUCUCCUCACACUGCUGGUGGGUUCCAUUUUUUCAUAGGGUGCUGUAUGGCCUCCCAUUGCUGCUGCCUCCACCGCCACACUGUGGCUCCACACUCUGGUUUUGGCCCCGUGACUGCCCAAAUGAGUGAAGUGUGCGGUGAUUCUAAGAUCGACGGCACUCAUCUGCAUGUCAUACUGACUGACAGUAUUAUUUCUCUUCCCCAGCAGACUCCAAGGGCAUUUAAAUUAAAGGUACAGUGUUCUGCACUAAUA